AUGGCGUUGUUUGGCGCUUUGCUUCGGGUUGCCAUUUGCAAAGCUUUGCUCUUUUUCAGUGUAUGCUUCGCCGCCGACCAAGUAGUCAACUACGAGCUGGAAUACAAGUACAUCAUCGCCUCUCCGCUCGGUGUUCCUCAGCAGGUAAUUGCAGUUAAUGGGAAAUUUCCAGGUCCUGUUAUUAAUGUUACAACUAAUGAGUAUGUUGUGGUGAAUGUGAGGAACAAAUUGGAUGAGGACCUUCUUGUUACCUGGCCUGGACUUCAUAUGCUGCAAACAUCGUGGCAAGAUGGUGUUCUGGGAACCAAUUGCCCUAUCCCUUCAAAGUGGAACUGGACUUACCAGUUUCAGGUGAAGGACCAGAUAGGGAGUUUCUUCUACUUUCCUUCGCUUAAGAUGCAGAGAGCAUCGGGGGGUUUUGGUUCGUUCAUCAUCACGAACCGUCCUGUAAUUUCUCUUCCUUUUGGUUUUCCUGAUGGAGAUAUUGUCGUCUUUAUUGGUGACUGGUAUACCCGAAAUCACACGGCUUUGCGAGAUGAUCUUGAUAAUGGAAAAAAGCUGGGAAGGCCUGAUGGCGUUCUUAUUAACGGCAAGGGACCCUACAGAUACAAUUCUUCACUUGUUCCGGAUGGCAUUGAUUAUGAAACAAUUAAUGUUAAUCCAGGCAAGACGUAUCGAGUUCGUGUGCACAAUGUUGGAGUUUCAACCUCGUUGAACUUCCGGAUUCAGAACCAUAAUUUACUUCUUGUAGAGACAGAGGGAACUUAUACUUCACAGCAGAACUUCACCAGCUUAGAUAUCCAUGUUGGGCAAUCCUACACUUUUUUGGUUACAAUGGAUCAGAAUGCAAGUACUGAUUACUACAUUGUUGCAAGCGUUAGGUUUGUAAAUGAAUCGGUUUGGCAGAAGGUAACCGGGGUUGCUGUUUUGCACUAUUCUAACUCGAAAGGAAAGGCAACUGGUCCUAUCCCGGAUCCACCCAAUGAUGUGUACGACAAAUCGUAUUCUAUGAAUCAGGCCUUGAGCAUCAGGCAAAAUGUAUCUGCUAGUGGUGCUCGUCCAAAUCCUCAAGGAUCUUUCCGUUAUGGCUCUGUUAAUGUCACUGAUGCUUACAUUUUAAGGAGCAUCCGGCCUGGCGUUAUUGGUGGAGAACUGCGAGCUACAUACAAUGGGCUAUCUUUUGAUCAUCCAAAGACUCCAAUUAGGCUUGCAGAUUUGUUCCAUGUGCCAAGGGAGUACAAGCUUGAUUUUCCACAUAAUCCAGUGGACAGACCACCUAGGAAGGGCAAAUCAAUCAUCAAUGGUACAUACAAGGGGUUCAUAGAAAUCAUAUUGCAGAACAAUGAUACCAAUGUCCAGAGCUUUCACAUGGAUGGUUAUUCGUUCUUCGUGGUUGGGAUGGGUUAUGGAGAAUGGGCUGAGAACAGCCGGGGUUCGUAUAAUAGAUGGGAUGCAAUAUCUCGCUGCACUACACAGGUUUUUGCUGGAGGAUGGACAGCAAUCUUGGCAUAUCUUGACAACGUUGGUGUUUGGAACCUUAGAACAGAAAACCUUGACAGAUGGUAUCUAGGCCAGGAAACUUAUAUUAGAAUUACCAACCCUGAAGACACUGACAACAAAACCGAAGAUCCUGCACCAGACAAUGUUCUUUAUUGUGGAGCUCUUGCAUAUAAGCAAAAGGCACAAAAAACAUCAUCUGCUACAACCUUGCUGGGAAGCUCUGAGCCAUAUCUGUCACUGUUAUUGCUGUUCUUUGCCAUCCUUUACAUUCUUUAA